AGAUUUUUGUACAUCGUUGUGAUCGUUGUGAUCGUUCCGCGGAACUCAGUAGAGCGUCGAAAACGCAUCGAAAGUGAUCGAAAGACGACGAAAGACUCGUCGAACGGGCGAGAAUUUGAAAAAUUCGAUCGAUUCGAAAAAAAAUUUCAAGACUUUUAAUUUGAGAAAGAUAAGUCGACUGAUGUUGAUAUAAUUCUUUUAAAAACAUUAUGGAGAAGAAAAAUAUUGCGCGGGCAAUUCAAAAGAGCUUGAACGGAGGAACGCGGAGACAGCACGUUCGUUGGCUAUAUGGAUUCACUGCACUGAUCAGCGUCACGAUGUUCAUCCUGUUUUGGUAUACAAGCGUAUUUCACGAUACGAUCCUCUCCAAUCUUGAGUUAAAGAAUGGUACUUCAUCCUUUCUGCUCUGGCAAAAGCCGCCUGUUAACCUUGAAAUCAAAAUCUACGUUUUCAAUUACACGAACGUGCGCGAGUUCGAGAGCGGAAAAGCGACUAAAUUGAAGGUAGAGGAGGUUGGACCAUUCAUCUAUCGGGAGAAUUUGAGCCGGGUAAACGUCGAAAUACACGAGAAUGGCACGAUCACGUAUCAGGAGAGGAAAAGAUACCAAUGGAUCUCUGGUAAAUCGGAGAAUGAAAGGGUGAUUGUACCUAACGUGAUGUUGAUGUCGACGCUAGCGUUUUCUCGAAAUCUUAGUUACCUAUUUCAAAUCGGAUUGACCAUGUUCCUCUCGAGAAUACGUGCAGAACCCUUUCUCGAAUUAUCGGUCGGUCAAUACCUCUGGGGUUAUGAGGACGAAUUGUAUGAAGUGGCCAAACGAUUCUCAUCAUUACGCUCGGUUUUUACUCUGGAUAAAUUUGGACUUCUCGCCUUCAAUAACGGUUCAAGUCCGGAUCGCAUCACGAUACACUCAGAAACUGAUAAUCUUGGGAUAAUCGAGCGAAUUAACGGGAUUGAAAAUCAUCAGAUUUGGGGAGAUGAAAAAUGCGAUCGAAUUUAUGGUACUGAUGGCAGUAUGUUUCCACCGCAUUGGAUUAACCAGCCGAAUAAAACGCUCUUCAUUUAUGCGAAAGAUUUUUGCAGGAAAAUGCCUUUUCAUUACGAUCAUCGUAAUUUUUCUAAUGGCAUACCCACCUUGAGGUACAAAUUAUCGAGCAACGUUUUUGCGUCGACUCGCAACAAAGACUCGUGUUUUUGCCCGAAGGAGUCGCACGAUUCAACCAUCAGAAUAUGUCCCCCAACCGGAACGCUCAACGUUUCUGCCUGCAACUUUGGGACACCGAUGAUCGCUUCCUUCCCUCAUUUCUACACGGGUAAUGAAUCAUUGUUCGAAAAAAUCGUCGGGCUGGAACCUCGACAAGAACGUCACGAAAGUUACAUCGAUCUUCAUCCGCGUUUAGGCAUCACGGUGAACAUGAACAUGAGACUGCAAAUGAACGUAGAGGUACGAAAAGCGGUCGGCAUUCCCUUCUCCGGAAAUCUCGAAGAUGGGUUGAUUCUGCCGUUGAUAUGGCUCGAUACCGGAAUAGGCGAAAUACCUGAGUCGCUUCGACAAAUUUUGUAUCGAAGUCACUAUUUGGUGAAUGCCAUCGAAGCUGUUCUUCAAUGGUGUAGUCUGAUCGGCGCGAUCAUCUCGUUCGGCGCUCUUUUUGCCACGAUGAAGAAAGAAAGAUCGAGGAAUCGAUCGAGACGAAACUGGAUUCGAAACUCGAUCGACCGGUCUCAGAGUGGACUGAAACUGAACUCAAUCGAUUGUAACGGAACGAUCGUGGAUGACGAUAUUAUGCACUGCGUGUUUAACGACUUCACCGAGAAUACGGCAUCAACGACCUAAUUUAUUGUUAAUUCCUUCACUUGGCCAAUUGAUUCCUUUUCUCGAUGCUCAUCACGCUCUGAAUAACUUGGAAGAGAAAAAAAAAAGUCGAUCACGCCACUUUAUAAGCGAUCAAUCGAUCAUACGACUAUCAUUACAGACCUAUCCCCUCUGUCGAAUGUCGUCUAUGCUCGCUUCAAUUGUAUCGCAAUAACAGUAUAGUACAAGAUAGACGCGCGCUCGUGCGUUCAUAUUCCUUCGAGAAAAACCACGUACAAAAUAAUAAGAUACAAUAAUAAUGCAAAAUUAUUAAUUGCAGCCAUAUGUAUGUUAUAAGAUGUUUUUCUACGAUUUUUUUUUAUAUUUAUAUAUCUGCAUCGAUAACCUAUGUCAUAUCGACAAACAAGUUUGAAAAACAGAGAUGAACAACUCAUUCGUUCACACGUGUACACCGGCAGCAAUUUUCGAUACAUGGUGAAAUCAACUAGCGAAUAUUCUCGUCGUACAUAAUUUUAUUAUUAAAUUGUCACGACAUCGUUUGAAAUUGUCUCGAAUCCGAAUCCGGAUUUCAAAACUAU